AUACCGCCUGGAUUCGAACCAGGGACAGCAGUUACGCCUCUUGCACUGAAAUUCAGUGCCUUGAACCGCUGCUCCACUCGGGAGUUUUGGAGUUGUAUGACCGUUCAAAUAUUUUUACCAUUUACCUCGUUUUAUUGAGUUCCAAGUUGUUUGUACUUCUGUUUUUAAAGAGGAUGAGAGUGAGUCGGUUAGUUUUACAACUAAUUGUACAUUUUUUGUUAUAAAACGAAGAGAAAUAUAUUGAUGUUGGGUGUAAGGUUCCUUCCUGUCACCCUGAUAUUGGCGACUAAGUAGCAACUUUCCAAGCCAUUGCUGGACAGUAUUGUCACAAACAUAUUUUGGUAUUGCUUGUCAAGCGGGAGCUAAGGUCACAUUGUCCUCGUUGUUGCCGUUCAUGCCCUCCCCAUUGAGUGGUAGACUGUAUGUAUCAAUGUGUAGGCUGCUAUCCUACUUGAAAUAAAGUAAUGUGAGGGGGAAAAAUGGCCACGUAACUACCAUCGCCGACACGACCACAAUACACAAAGAAACACUUCCAAGUCGGCAGGCACAACACCAGAGGUAAUGGUCGUUUACUAUCGACCAAUUGUGAAGCCCAAUCAGUCAAGCGAAACGGUCUUGAGUGGCAAGAAACAUACCCAAUUAGCUGAUUCACUUUACAUGCACCCAUUCUUUUCGACACACCCACUCGCCGGUCGCCAUUGGGCUGCAGUUACCCAGACUGAACUAGCGGGAGCCAACCAACACUAAAUGAAAAUGGAGGACUGAACGUGGACGGUGCAAGUACAUAACGUCGAGGUUUACAAGUGGGUCGAAUUGUCCAAGAUCCCACUACCAGGCCUGUGAUGAUUACUGAUCAGAAUCUGCUGUGUGCGGAAUCUUAAAUCAUCAGAUAAGCCCUCGAUCAGUGUCCCACCAAUACAGAUCAGCAGAUAUUCUUUUUGAAAGUAGUGAGUGACUCCAUCUAUGGAGGAGAAUGUGAGUCCUGAGCUCUCUCUAGCUCCUGAGCCAGAGCAGAGCCAGGACCCUAUGGAUAGCAACUCUCAAGCUAUUCUAGAGGACUAUAAAGCUGAGAAGGAGGACGGAGAAGACCAAGAGCAUGGUAACAAUGAUACUGAGGAAAAGCUAGAGAACAGAGAGCAAUCUGCUAAGACCACAAACGAGUUCAAGAAAACCUGGGGAUUCCGUCGGACCACCAUAGCCAAGAGAGAAAUGCCUGGAGACACUGCUGCUGAGAGCCAGGAUGGCCAUGUAGGGCCUGUACGUCGCAGUGGGAGGCAGGCAAAACGCACUGACAAGCUGGAGGAGUUCUUGCUCACCACCAAGAGAGCGCGCACAGUAGGGAGGAGGAGUGCACCUGGCAGCAUAGAGGCUGGGGAUCCUCCCUCCCAGACCCCAACAGAUGCAGAGACGGCCUCCGAGGCCAGUUUUGACGGCAACGCAGAGGCCAAGUCUGUGGACGAUAAGCCAGAUUCCCCAGUGAGGAAGACGAGGAGCAGGAAGAAGACAACUCGGAAGGCUAAAGGCCGUGGCAGAAGCAGAGUUGGCUCUGUCAGUGAUGAUGGAAGCUCUGACAAUGAGAAGUGUAGUGGCGAUGCACUCAAAGAGCUGCAGGAGGAGGAGAAGGGUAGCGGGGAUGCACCCAAAGAGCUCCAGGAGGAGGAGAAGGGUAGCGGGGAUGCACCCAAAGAGCUCCAGGAGGAGGAGAAGGGUAGCAGAGAUGCACCCAAAGAGCUCCAGGAAGAGGAGGGUAGCGGAGAUGCACCCAAAGAGCUCCAGGAAGAGGAGGGUAGCGGAGAUGCACCCAAAGAGCUCCAGGAGGAGGAGGGUAGCGGAGAUGCACCCAAAGAGCUCCAGGAAGAGGAGGGUAGCGGAGAUGCACCCAAAGAGCCCCAGGAGGAGGAGAAGGGUUGUGGAGAUGCACCCAAAGAGCCACAGCCCGAGGAGAAGGAGCAGCAGGAAGAGAAGGAUGACACAGUGCAGCCAGAGCAGGACUCUGUGAAGAAAGAAAAAGAGGAGGAAGAGCAGGAGGAGAACGAAAAAAAGGGGAGCGCGGAGAAGCCCAUAGACGCCAGUGGCGAGCGUGCCUCCAGGUCCAGGAGUCCUACUAAGGCAGCCAGUAGGGGAACCACCCCCAACAAGAGAGACACCAAGUCCAGAGGAGGGAUAAAGACCCGCAAUGACCAGGAGGAAGAUGAAUCCCCAUCGUCAUCCUCAUCAUCCAGUGACUCCGGUGAUGAUGAAGGAUACGACCCUAAUGCACUGUACUGCAUCUGUCGACAGAAACACAACAAAAGGUUCAUGAUCUGCUGCGACCGCUGUGAGGAGUGGUUCCAUGGAGACUGUGUGGGCAUCACUGAGGCUCGUGGACGUCUGAUGGAGCGGAACGGGGAGGACUACGUCUGCCCUAACUGCACCACCAAGAAGAGCCAGACGGCCAAGCCCAAUGGCAAACCCAAAGCAGCUGCCCCCGGUGCCCUCAAGGCCGAGCAAAGCCCCUCUGUGGCGGCUCCCUCACCUACAGCCUCAGCUGGGGCGGAAGAAAAGGGUGACGACUUGGGGAUCAAAGGGAGGAUAGAGAAGACCACCAACCCCAGUGGGAAAAAGAAGAUCAAGAUCUUUCAGGCGGCGGCGGAGGAGUCUAAGCUACCCAAAUGCAUUGGGCCAGGCUGUGAAAAGACUGCCCUGAAGGACUCUGUCUACUGCGGCAGCGAGUGCAUCCUGAGACACGCCGCCGCAGCCAUGGCAGCCAAGUCAAUUUCUGAACCCAAGCAGAAAGAUCAAGACAAGGCUAAGGGACAGAAAAAAACACCUGGUGCCAGGGCAACGACCAAGAGGAGUUCCACCGGAAGGAAGACCAGCAAGAAGUCCACAGAGGAGGAGUCUGACAGUGAGGAUGACAAGAAGGAUGGUGAUGAAGAGCAGAAUGCAGUGCAGCAGCCACCACCACCCACUGUGUCGUCCUGGUCCAGCGACCAUAAUUACAAUGCAGUAACGCCAGAAAAGACUACACCCAUAGCACCACCAACAGUGUUAAACAAAACGUCUCCUGUAGAGGAGAGUGAAGAGGACCAGAGUGAGAAGGAAUCAACCCCUUCUGAGAAGAAGUCACCUGCUUCUACAGCGCCGCUCAAAGGAGGAAAGAAGUCCCCCGGCCCCAAAUUAUUAAAGACAUACACCAGACGCAAUAAACCAGCAACUCCAGGCAGCAGUGCUAAGGCACCAAAGAAACAACCACCCCCCCCUCCUAACAAAACCAAAUCCAAGAAACCACCUCCACCACCUGCUGUCCUGACCCCUUCUGCCCCUGGUUCUUUAGAUGCCCCACGACAUCACGUCACAGGAGCCCUGAGGGUUGGCAAGUCCAGCUUUACCAUCCCUAAGAAGCAGGCCCAGCCCCAGCAAAGGGACUCCUCAGGUCGUAGUCCGUCCAGAGUCACAUCCUCAGCCCCUUCCACCCGACACCAUGAGCCAGGCUCUUCUGCACCUUCCAUGAUGUGCCCGACAGCUCCGCCCAACAACCAGAUGAGACAGAACAUCCGCCGCUCGCUCACAGACAUCCUCUACAAGAGGGUGAGUGACAGUGAUGAUUUGAACAUGUCUGAGAACGAGGUGGGAAAACUGGCGGUCAGCAUUGAGAAGGAGAUGUUCAACCUGUGCCUUUGCACGGACAGCAAGUACAAGAACAAGUACAGAUCCCUCAUGUUUAACCUGAAGGACCCCAAAAACAAGGGCCUGUUCUACCGCGUGGUCUGGGGAGAGGUCAGUCCCUUCAGGCUGGUGAGGCUGAGUGCAGAUGAGCUACUCUCCAAAGAGAUCUCAGAGUGGAGGAAGCCUGACACCACUGAGGCUCCCAGUGCUAGAUCCCAGACAGGGCAGUCCAAAUCGGGCCAUAGGCUUGAUUCUGGCCCCCUUGAUGUGGACAUGGAGGACGCUCCUCCAAUGUCUGAUGGAGACGUAUGUAACUCUGGCACUUCUCCAUCUCCUCGCAUGUCUUUUUCUGCAGAACAAGAGGAAGCUAGCUCCGCUCCCUCUUCUGGCUCUGUUCAGGUGGGGGUGAAAAGUGGCAGUUCCCUGCCAGACAUCUUCAGCAUGAUGCGGGACACCACAGCCGAACACAGGGCCCACCUCUUUGACCUCAACUGCAAAAUCUGCACAGGCCAGAAGUCUGCAGACGAUGAACCAGCCGCCAAGAAGGCCAAACUCUCCAAGAAGCCUGAAAUGAGGCAAGAGGUGAGGCGCUUGUCCAGGUCCUCCUCAGGUGAAGGUGCCCCGGUCUCCUAUCCCGGCAGUGAGACGCCAGUCCCUGAGCCCCUGCCCUACCAGGAGGACACAAGCAUCCAUUUUCCUCCGCCCCAGACCCCAGCCCCUGUCACUGCACCAGCCGUCUCCUCUGUCAGCAUCACCCGCAGAGAUCCCCGCAUGGCAAGACACAGCUCUGGAGUGACGGUCACCCACUCUGCCCCAGACACAUCCAUCGUAGCACCCAUCUCAACAGAUACCUAUUCAAGACCCAUUCCAACAGAGUCCUAUUCAAGACCUUUCCCAGCAGAUACUUAUUCAAGACCAGCCGUCUCAGUAGAGCCCACUCCGGUUGCAGCGAUGGAGGUGGUGCCCAAGGGGCCUCUGCCCAUGCCCCCAGCUCCUCCACCUUCCAUCCCCAGGCCCAUCAUGCAGAAAGCUGCCUCGUCAGAGCCUCCUCCAGAGGGCGAGACCGCAAUCUUCCUCCAUGGCCAGGAGAUGAUGUGGAAAGGAUUAGUCAACAUGCACACCGUGGCCAAGUUUGUCACUAAGGCAUACCUGGUCUCAGGAUCCUUUGAGCACCUGAAAGAGGAUCUGCCUGACACCAUCCACAUUGGAGGCCGAAUCUCUCCCAGCACUGUGUGGGACUAUGUGGGAAAACUGAAGACAUCUCUGUCCAAGGAGCUGUGUCUGAUCCGGUUCCAUCCAGCCACAGAGGAAGAGGAGGUGGCCUACGUCUCUCUCUUCUCUUAUUUCAGCAGUAGGAAGCGUUUUGGAGUGGUCGCCAACAACAACCGCCGCAUCAAAGACCUGUACCUCAUCCCCCUGAGCGCCAAGGACCCCCUGCCCUCCAAACUGUUACCUUUUGAUGGGCCAGGACUUGAACCAGCGCGCCCUAACCUCCUGCUUGGUUUGGUGAUCUGCCAGAAGGACAAGAAGCGUGCUGGAGCCUCUUUGGAGACUGAGGAGAAGCGUUCCAAGAUCCAAAUCAGAGACCUAGAUGAUACUGGCCUUCCAAAACCAACCACCACCAUCAAAGCUGAAGUCAAAGCCGAGAAAGCCUUGCGGUACACCCAGGAUCUUCCCUUCAGCACAACCCCCCCAGGUACACCUCCCCCUCUCAGCUCCUCAGAGACCUCCACGUCCAUGGCAGCCUUAUCAGUGCUGUCCUUCCUGUCCUCUGUCAAAGCCCCUGCUACAGACAAAGAGUCACCUGCCUCGAGCUCUGCUGCAUCAUCUGCUGCCAAUGCCACUCCCCUUCAGACCAUCCUGAAGACUUUGUUUGGGAACAAGAGGCAAGACUCUGAGGCCUCCAUGUCUCCCUCAGAGCAUGGUGCUGUUGACGUCUCAGCCGUGCCUGCUACUCUGCUAGAUCCCAUUGUUCAGCAAUUUGGACAGAUUUCUAAGGAGAAGCAGGUGGAGGAAGAUGAGGAUGACAGACCAUACGACCCAGAGGAGGAAUAUGACCCAGGCAUGGGCUAUGGAGCACCCCAGAAGUCGGUUAAAGAACCUGAGGUCAUCAAGCAGCCAGAGGCUACGGAUGUGGAUGAUGUGGCUUAUGACCCGGAGGAUGACACCAUUUUUGAGGCGGUCAAGACUGAGGUCCCUAGUCAAGCCAAGGCCACCGGGGAUCUGACCAAACAGCAGAAAAUGGUGGAGGAUCUCAACAAACAGAUUGAGGAGCAGAAACAGCAGCUGGUGGAGCAGGAGGAAUCCAUCCACGAAAAAAAGUCGUCCACAGGGACAUCAGCUGCCUCGUUCUCAGUCACAGACGGUUUGAUCUCACAGCCAUCCCUACUGGCCAACAGUCGGCUCCUGCAGCUGGGCAAAAAAGUUGAAGAGUUAGUGAAAUCUUCUGCUGCUGCUCCUUUGAUUAACCAGAGAAGGGACCCAAGACAGAGUAGGGAUCCCAGGAGGCUAACCUCAGACUCAAUAGAAAAAGUGGAGAUACCUCCUGCCAAAGACACCACGCCACCACCACAGACUGAUGUCCAAGAACCAGAAACACCACUGCCCAAAGAAGAGGUUAUAACAGAUUCUCUUCCCUUUCUGGAAUCAGACGCAACAGAGGUUUCCAUUCCCCUGUUAGGUGAGCAUGUAGAACCUGCUACGGAGGUCAAUUACAUGGAGGAACAAACUGUUGAAUCUGAGGAAGUCGACACAACCAAGAGUGACUUGGACAAAUACAGUAUUUGGCCAAAUGCAGACAGCAUUUUAAAAACAGGGGAGAUCUCUAGUUUUGAGAAGAACCGUCAAGAGCCUACCUCCUCUGGCUACUUCAACAUGUCCACAAACAACAACACCUUAGCUUCACCUACAAUUAAUGUACUGUCGCAGAAUGUCACCCAGGAUAGCUCCACCCUGGUGGACACUCAAACCUCCCACAUGUCACAUAUGGGAACAUCAAGCUACAUGGACUAUGGAGCUCCUCCUGACAUUCUCCCAACAACCACCUUCCCACCCCAGCUUGUACAACCACCAAUGCAGGGUCCACCCCCAAUGCUCGGGCCACCACCCAUGUCAGUUCCCCCACCCAUGCAGAGUAUUCCUUCCUUGUCAGGCCCUCUACCUAUGCAGAGACCUCCUCCACCCAUUCAAGUUCCUCCACCCAUGCAAGUGGAGAGCAACCAGCCUCCGUACUCCCAAUAUGGGCCACCUCCUGCUGCUUAUCCUCCCUAUCAGAACCAAUGGGGAGGCUCUCAGCAGCAGUAUGAGGGCCCCCCUGGUCCUCCACCCCAGACCAUGAUGCCACCCAGGGGGCCCCCUCCAUUCCAGCCGAUGGGCCCGAGAGCCCCACCUCCCCAGAUGUUCAAUGCCCCCAUGGGCUCCAUGCCUCCCCAGCACAUGGGGCAGCAAGGCCCCCCUCCAGGCCAGUUCAUGGAGGGCCAUGGCCUUCCCAGACCUAAUUUUGACGGGCAAAAUGGUUUAGCUCCACCAAGGAUCAGUGGACCCCCUCCUCCAUUCAACUUCCCUGGACCCAGAGCACCCCCUCCACCCUUCACAGGGCCUCCCCCAGGCCACUUUGACAACAGAGGACCACCUCCAUCCCAUUUCCCUGGGCCCAGAGGUCCACCUUCUCAUUUUGGGGAUCAUGGGUCCCAAGCCCACAUGAUUGACCCACCAAGAGGCCCUGUAGAUCAGUACAACAAUGUCAGUGUUGGGUCCUACCAGCAGGGCAUGGACCAUCACCAGGGUCAGACCCCUCCACACAUGUACAAAGACAACCAGGCUCCCCCACCAGGCCCCUCUUACAGAGGACCUCCACACAACCAGUAUGAGGGGCGGAGAGGCCCGCCUCCCAGUGGAGAUAUGGGUGGACAACGCUUCCAUCCACCUAACCAGUUUCGGGGCUCUAUAGCACCCUCUCCACCACCACACAGGGGGUCUUAUGAUGAUCAGAGACCCCCUCAGGACCACUGUGGGGCCCCACCACAGCAUUUUGGAGGACCUGACCAGUAUCGCCUUGACAGUCCAGGGGACUUAAGACCAGUUCGCCACAGUGGGCCUCUGCUCCCGACCCCACCAGAGGGCCCCAUACCUCUACCAAACCGCAUGGGGGGUCACAGCCCAGAGUCCCACAGGGAUGACCACUGGCGACGACACUCGCCUGAUAUGAGGAGAAGGAGCAGCUCCACCAGAGAGGGCUCAGAACCUUGCGGUGGAGACAGGCCCAGUCGGUUUGAGGGGGGCCACAGAGACCGGGAGCCAAUCCCUGGCUCCUCUCGGUUGUCUGAGGAAAGGCAAAGGGACCUGUCUGAGGACCGCAGGAGGGAGCGGGACAGAGAGGGGCCCCAUGGAGCCAGGCCAUGGGACAGGGGCCAGAGCAAGCCCUGGAGCCGGGAGAGAGAGUGGGACAGAGGCAGGGAGAGAGACAGGGGAGAGAGGGAACGAAGCCGGGAGAGGGAGCGCAGCAGAGGGAGGGAGGGAGAGCGACAUGGGGAACCAGAGGGUGACAAACACAGGGUGCCGGAGGGUGACAAACACAGGGCGCCGGAGGGUGACAAACGCAGGGCGCCGGAGGGUGACAGACGCAGGGCGCCGGAGGGGGACAGGCACAGGGCGCCGGAGGGGGACAGGCACAGGGCGCCGGAGGGGGACAGACACAGGGCGCCGGAGGGGGACAGACACAGGGCGCCGGAGGGGGACAGGCACAGGGCGCCGGAGGGGGACAGGCACAGGGCGCCGGAGGGGGACAGGCACAGGGCGCCGGAGGGGGACCGACACAGGGCGCCGGAGGGGGACCGACACAGGGCGCCGGAGGGGGACCGACACAGGGCUCCGGAGGGGGACAAGAGAAGGGACAGGGAGAGAGACCGUGACCGAGAGAGGGACAGGGGCAGGGAGAAAGAGCCUGACAGGAGAGACUACGACCGAGACAGACCCAGGAUCAGAGACCGGGAGAGAGACCGCGACAGGAGAAGGGACAGGUCCAGGAGCAGAGACCGAGACAGAGGCAAGGAAAGAGAGCCUGACAGGAGAGACAACGACCGAGACAGAGCACGAGACCGAGAUAGAGAGAGGGAUAAAGACCGGGACCGGCGCGACAGGAGCAAGAGCAAAGAAAAGAGAGAAGACAAAAAAGAAACAAACAAAUCUGAUGUCCCAAAGGAGAGCGAUAAACCUGCAGAGGUGGAAACUGAUAAAAACACAUCGUAAUGUCUUACUUUUGAGGACUUUUCACUGUAGUAAAUCAAUCACCCUGUAACUUUUACUUUCAGCAGCAUAACUAAAUCUAAAUAGACAUUGGGAAUGUGUUUCUACAUGACAAAUGAUUUCAUGGUACAAUACUCUUGUAGUUUGAAAGGUCGGAACAUUUUUUGCCACUUCAUAUUUUAUGAAUGUUAUCACAUUUGAAACUAAUAUUGAGGUCAUUUAAGUUCAUCUGACUAUGAUACCCUGUCAUUUACAUACAAGUACCUUUCUCCUGUCAAAGUACCUUUUCUAAGAAACACAUGAAAGUAACUGAUUAACUCCCUGACCUUUAAUGUAAAUAUGAAUGUAUUUGUGUAUAUACCGGUAUGUUUUUAAUCACAUUUUUCUAAGUAGAGAAAUUAUAAGCCAUAUAUCUGGAAUGGAUAAUGUGAGAAUUUAGGAAACAUUGAUUGCUAUAGUCUGAAGUCAUUGGACAGUAUGUGCUUGUAUGUUCAGCAGUUACCACUGAAUGGAUGUACCUAUAGUAUUGCUAAUUACAGUUGACAUUAAUUUUGUUUAAACUUGGUCAAUUAAACCUUCUUUAUGGCAAUCUUUGUCAUUAAUGGGCUCUGUCUUUCCAUUACAUCUCAGACUUAAAUGUAAUGUUCAAAGACUGUAAUAAACACCACAUAGACUCCGUU